CUCCCUGCCAUCUGAUGAACAGGGUUAGAGGGCCACCUCAACACUACUACCACAGUAGAGGGCCACCUCAACACUACUACCACUCUACCACAGUAGAGGGCCACCUCAACACUACUACCACUCUACCACAGUAGAGGGACACCUUAACACUACUACCACUCUACCACAGAUGACAUCUUUGGCUCUGCUGUGCCAGAGCAACUAAGGAGGACUGAUGCUUCGCUUCAACAAAACAGUGGUUCUGGCCCUCCUCAUCGCUACCAGCUCUGUUUUCCUCCUAUUCCAGCUCUAUCACUACAGACAGCAUGUCUCUCAGAAUGGACCACAUAUGUUUGGAAGGACAGUUCAUCUGUCAGGAAAGGAUACUCAGUGGCAGGUGGUGAAGAAGUUCAUGGGUCUGGUCCAUAAGUACAACAUGCCAGUGUUCCUGGUGGACACAGCCUCCCUCGGCCUCCUCUCUCAGGACUCUAUGCUGCUGAGAGACAGCCUGGUUAAAGAACCCCACUGUACUUUCCUCUGCACGAACAGAGACGUCCUCACCUUCGCUCUGCUCAACAACCUUUGGAAAUACGACGCUGGUUUGGUGGCAGCAGCUGAAGAGAAGGGCUUUGAACUGUUGGAGGUGCGAGGGAAAGACCCUCGAUUGGUCAGCAUGGACGACCUAUCAGGAAACGAGAUCCCCCUCCACUUCCUGUUCCGUCUCCAAGGUUACGUGGUCCAUGUGGUGGUCCUGUACGAGCGCAGCGGGAACUACCUGUGGCAUGGCCUGCGACUCAAACCAAACAUGGACAGGAAGUGCCCCUUCAGAAGGCUGGACUAUGGCCGCAACGCUGGAGCCUAUGACAGGCCAGAGCUGGUACUGACCACGUUGGACGGGCUGGAUGUCCGGGUCCCCAGGAACAUCUCUGGAUUCCUGACUGAAUAUUCCCAGGCUCGUUUUCUGGAGUGUAGAUACAGGGAUGCACGCUCCUUCUUCCAGCUGUACCCUGAUGACACGUCUCCUGAGGCAAUGAACUUCAGGAUGAAGGCGAAGGCUCUGCUCCACCUAGCUGCCAGGAUCCUCACUGAGCUCCGAGUCCCCUUCUGGCUAAGUAGUGGUACCUGCCUGGGUUGGUUUCGGCAGUGUGGCAUCAUUCCCUACAGUAAAGAUGUGGAUCUGGGCAUCUGGAUUAAAGACUACAGACAUGAUAUCUCUCAUGCUUUUCAAAAGGCUGGUCUUCCGUUGAAACACAAGUUUGGAAAGGUGGAGGAUAGCCUGGAACUGUCCUUCCAGGGCCUGGAUGUUAAACUGGACAUUUUCUUCUUCUAUGAGGAAACUGAUGUUGUGUGGAACGGAGGAACCCAAGCUAAGAGUGGGAAGAAAUUCAAGUAUGUGUUCCCCAAGUUGACUCUCUGCUGGACUGAGCUGAUGGACCUGAAGGUGCGUGUCCCCUGUGAGACGCUAGACUAUGUAUCAGCGAACUAUGGGCCGACCUGGAACACGCCUGUAAAGACCUGGGACUGGAAGAGCUCUCCGCCCAACGUGCAGGACAACGGGGUGUGGCCUGUCAGGGAGUGGGAUGAGGUCAUCCAGGUGUACUGACAUACUGCUACACUACAUAUGGGGUGUGGCCUGUCAGGGAGUGGGAUGAGGUCAUCCAGGUGUACUGACAUACUGCUACACUACAUAUGGGACUACAUUGGAGUACACUGAAACCACACGGAAGAAAAUGGACUGAAACGGGGAGGGUCUAUCGAUCUGGACCGUCGAUCCUGUUUUUGUACAUUUUGCUACGGCGUGCACUAUACGACCCUGAGUGCACCUUUCCGAAGUACACUACACCUGAAAACCCCACACCAAAGUAGCAACUUUAAAGACUACUACUAAGGGUGUGAGUCUGAGCUGGUGGCUUACCAUUGGCUUACCAUUGGCUGGUGGCUUACCAUUGGCUGGUGGCUUACCAUUGGCUGGUGGCUUACCAUUGGCUGGUGGCUUACCAUUGGCUUACCAUUGGCUGGUGGCUUACCAUUGGCUAGUUGGUUGUGAACUGCAGACCACCAAUACUGGACUCUCUUCCUCCUUUGGACUGAAGCAAAUGUCUAUUGAUCUGUAAUGUGUGUUCCUUGUUUGAAAUACUGUAUUACGUUGACAAAAAGAUGUCAUAGACAUUUUAAUAGCUACUGACAUUACUUACUACUGACAUGUUGGGUAGGGCCAUAUUACGGCCUUGGCUGCUUGAUGUGGGGUUAUUACGGCCUUGGCUGCUUGAUAUGGGGUUAUUACGGCCUUGGCUACUUGAUAUGGGGUUAUUACGGCCUUGGCUGCUUGAUAUGGGGUUAUUACGGCCUUGGCUGCUUGAUAUGGGGUUAUUACGGCCUUGGCUGCUUGAUAUGGGGUUAUUACGGCCUUGGCUGCUUGAUGUGGGGUUAUUACGGCCUUGGCUGCUUGAUAUGGGGUUAUUACGGCCUUGGCUACUUGAUAUGGGGUUAUUACGGCCUUGGCUGCUUGAUAUGGGGUUAUUACGGCCUUGGCUGCUUGAUAUGGGGUUAUUACGGCCUUGGCUGCUUGAUAUGGGGUUAUUACGGCCUUGGCUGCUUGAUAUGGGGUUAUUACGGCCUUGGCUGCUUGAUAUGGGGUUAUUACGGCCUUGGCUGCUUGAUAUGGGGUUAUUACGGCCUUGGCUGCUUGAUAUGGGGUUAUUACGGCCUUGGCUGCUUGAUAUGGGGUUAUUACGGCCUUGGCUGCUUGAUAUGGGGUUAUUACGGCCUUGGCUGCUUGAUAUGGGUUUAUAUGGGGUGCUAGGUGGUGGUGACAUUAUGUUCAUAUUUUAUAUAUUUUAUGCCUCUUGUGUUUCAGGAAUCAUUGAUUUGCCAACAAAUCGUAUCUUAUUUUCCUUUGUAUUGAGUUUUGUCAUCGUUGUUGAAGGGAACUAUGAUCACGCUAGCCUGAGUUCUAGCCUGAGUGCCAGUCUGUCUGUGCUGUCAUGCCAACUCCUUGUCACUCAUUUAGCUUGACAAUGACAGCAUUGGAGUUAUCAAGAGAACAAACUGAUCUGGGACCAGGCUAUGCUCACCAGCUGACGACUCCAAUUUUUUUAAAUGAUUAAAAGCUUUGAUAUGAUGAGACCGGUCAGAAAUAUGCAGCGUCCCAUAAAACAACCCAGACCAGAACCGUAGGCCUGAUCACCGACAACGAUGAGACAGCCUGUAGGGAGGAAGUCAGAGACCUGGCCGUGUGGUGCCAGGACAACAACCUCUCCCUCAACGACGAGACAGCCUAUAGGGAGGAGGUGAGAGACCUGGUCGGGAGGUGCCAGGUCAACAACCUCUCCCUCAACGACGAGACAGCCUAUAGGGAGGAGGUCAGAGACCUGGCCGGGAGGUGCCAGGACAACAACCUCUCCCUCAACGUGAUCAAGACAAAGGAGAUGAUUGUGGACCACAGGAAAAAGAGGACCGACCACGCCCCCAUUCUCAUCGCCGGGGCUGCAGUGGAGCAGGUCGAGAGCUUCAAGUUCCUUGGUGUCCACAUCAACAACAAACUAACAUGGUCCAAACAUACCAAGACAGUCGUGAAGAGGACACCACAAAACGUAUUCCCCCUCAGGAGACAAAAGAUUUGGCAUGGGUCCUCAGAUCCUCAAAUGGUUUUACAGCUGCACCAUCGAGAGCAUCCUGACUAGUUGCAUCACUACCUGAUAUGGCAACUGCUCGGCCUCCGACCACAAGGCACUACAGAGGGUAGUGGGUACGGCUCAGUACAUCACCGCUUCCUGCCAUCCAGGACCUAUAAAGACUCCAGCCACCCUAGUCAAGACUGUUCUCUCUGCUACUGCAUGGCAAGCAGAGCCAUAAGUCUCCAGCUAAUCAAAUGGCUCCCCAGACUAUUUGUAUUGCUGCCCCCCCUUUUACACCUGCUACUCUCUGUUGUUAUCAUCUGUGCAUUGUCACUUUAAUAACUCUAUGUACAUAUUACCUCAACUAACCGGUGCCCCCGCACAUUGACUCUGUACCAUAACACCCUGUAUAUAGCCUCCACAUUGACUCUGUACCGUAACACCCUGUAUAUAGCCUCCACAUUGACUCUGUACCGUAACACCCUGUAUACUAGCCUCCACAUUGACUCUGUGCCGGUACACCCUGUAUAUAACCUCCACAUUGACUCGGUACCAUAACACCCUGUAUAUAGCCUCCACAUUGACUCUGUACCGUAACACCCUGUAUAUAGCCUCCACAUUGACUCUGUACCGUAACACCAUGUAUAUAGCCUCCACAUUGACUCUGUACCGUAACACCCUGUAUAUA